AUGGCUUCGCGUUGUGGCGCCCGGCCUAUUGGGUCAGACGGUUCAGAUUUCCAACACCGUGAGCGUGUCGUUGAACCAUACAAAACGCUUGCUUUCACGCCUUUUUAUGAGGAAGGUAUGGAUCACUUAUUUUCAUAUCCCUUUAAGUAUCCUCUUCCUCCAAAUGACCUGUGGGAAUACGCCUGGGCUUUCGGCAGCGUUUUGCCCGUACUUUUUGGAUACCUUUCAUUUGGAAAGAACAAAGUUUACCUCAUCAGACUUUCGCUUCUUGGGACGAUCGUUUUCGGUUUUGUCCCUAUCGUUAUGGGGUGUUUUUUAAGAGCGUACGAACUCAUGGAUUAUUACUACACGAAGCAGUCAAGACACAAUCUAUUCAAUUUCCCGUUUGUAGUCCUUAUCUACAUUUUUUUCUCCAUCUGUAUCCAAAUUCAUUCUUUCUCUCUUUACUUUAGUUGGAAAUUAAUGACUAUCUGGUCUCGUCUUUCCAAAAAGCACGUUUGA